AAAAUAUCAAAUAUGUUUUGGGGGCAAAAGUAAGGGUACCACGACAGUUGUGACACUCUUAGUUUGGCCACAGGUUGAUCAUAUUUGCUUGGGUUGAAGUUGAAGUUGAAGUGGUCCUUAACUCCUUUUUGUAUCGAAAUAUACAUAUCUCAUGGUAUAAAAUGGCGACAGAGGCGAUAUCGACCAGCUCGCUUUCAAAAGGGUGCUUCGUUUUCCGCCCAAAGAAAGCAUCGAGUUCUAGAAAACGUAAAUCAGAGAGUAAACAUGAGGUGUACAAGUCAAGUGAUGGUUUUCCCAACGGCCCAGGCGAGUCAGAUGAGCAUUGCCGCAUGAGAUUUGAGCUCUACAAUGACACGUGGAACAAAGUGGAAGAACAAGUGGCAUCAUUGCAUACAAACCUUAAUGAUAAGGUGUUUGGUAACCUGAUCGAAUUCAUAAAUAGGAGCAUCUCCACAAAUAAGUCAGCCGUUGUGAAAAACGAAAUUCCAACCGGCGUGUUCAUAACGGGAGUUAACAUGCCCGACCACGAUUCCAUUUUCUCUCAGCUGCACAAUGAAAUAUUGAAAAUCACGCCGUACAUUUCACGUAUGUGCUCUAAAAGCUGUUCAAACAUAAGGUUGAUCGUAAAAGAAGCAACGAGCCAAAUAAUCGAAGCAGGAUAUGGUGAUGAUGAAGAAAUUGAUCCCAAGUUCAACCCUCGGAAACGAAACAUUACUUUUGCGAUUUUUAAACAGUGGUACGAUUUACGGGAAGCUUCAAGGGGCGAUUCAAAACGACCAAUUGUGUUUAUCCUCGAAGAUUUUGAAAGCUUCCAGCUGAAGGCUCUUCAGGACUUCAUCACGAUAUGUAGUCUUUAUGUGGAUAAGUGCCCAAUUGUGCUGCUCUUUGGUAUCGCCACGAUCCCCGUCGUCGUUCACCAGCUUUUACCUCGUUCAAUCUCGUCGUUUCUCUGCAUAGAAAAGUUCCACGCACAGCCGGCCAUAAUCUACCUUCUCGAGGUUAUCGAUCGUGUCUUCAUAUCCUCCGAGUUCGCUUUCAAACUUGGUCCUAGCGUAUUUCAAUACCUGUACGAGAAUUUCCUUUUCCACGAUUUCUCCCUGCAGAAUUUCAUCCUCGGCUUUAAAUUUUGCAUCAUGGAUCACUUCUACGGAAAUCCGCUCAGCCUCCUGUGCUCGAAGUCGAAUGGCGACGUCGUUAGCAGCUUUUCUCACGACCAGUUGGAAGUCGUGCGAAAGUCGGCAUCAUUUCGGAAAUAUGCGGAAGAACAAGAUCGAAAAGAGCUCCGUUUGAUCUUGCUAGACGACGAGCAUACCAAACAGGUUGUUUCCGAAUUACUAGAGGAGAUAAAUUCCUACCAUUGCCGUUUCUUUCCCGUGCUUCGCUGCCUCUCGGCGUUGGUCGUGAAACUUCCUGGCUACCCUAUGGGAAAGAAGUGUCGUGAUGUCUACGAACACUGUCUCAAAACAAGCGUCAGGGAUUUAGACGUCUACAAACAAGCCAUUAAGAUGGCUGCAUUCCUUGCGAGAGAUGAGCUCGUUCCAGUUCUCGAGGAAUGCAUCGAGUUGCUUGACUCUGCCCUUAAAAAAAAUAAAACGAUUUGUGGCGAUUUUCAGGGAUACAUCGCAAAGUUGAUUACUGCAUUGCUGGAUUUUGAACAACUCUCUCAGCAAAGCAAUGCAUCCUUGUCCUCGGCGACGAAUUCUAACUCUCAGUCGCCAAAUGUUUCUUCAGUCACAAACAGAUAUGAAUUACAGGAAAAGCUGAAAAACGCCGUUUACAACCGUAGCAAAGAGUCACCUUUUGAGAAAACAAGGCAAAGUGCAGUCUCGACGCUGGACGGGUUGUUCCAAAGAUAUCUUUUGUGCCCUGCAGAGCAGCCGUUACACGAAGCAUUCUACUACUGCCAAACAGAAACUGCAAAGCAGCGCCUGAGCGGAUGUCCACGCGUUGCUAUUCAGACCGCGUUGAACGACCCGCGUUACUAUUUGAAUUGCUCAUGCUGCGAUAUCGAGCCGGGCUCCAUUCAAGACACCCUGCCUGAUAUCUCCGUGGCGUUUAAGUUACAUCUUGAAUGCGGUCGAUUGAUCAAUCUUUACGACUGGCUGCAGGCGUACCUAACUGUGGCCGAACCUCCCGCCAAGGCGAAGAGGAAGGCUAAGGAUGACGAAAAGGAGGCGCUUCAAGCCCGAUUCAUCCAGGCUGUCUCGGAACUCCAGUUCUUAGGAUUUAUCAAGGCAACCAAAAGGAAGACCGAUCAUGUAGCUCGAUUGACGUGGGGUAGCUGCUGAUGUUGUUAGAAUAAUAUAAUGAACUUGUUUUUGUACUCUUCUAAUAUAGUGUAAUAUAGUGUUCUAAUAUAGUUCUGACAUAAAGUGUAUAUUUAUAGCUUAACUUAGUAUGUUUUGGUCAAAUUAUUAAUCAAUAAUAUUGAUAUGGUAAAGGUUUAAAACUCAUCCUCGUACCCAGGGUCUUUUUACCUCGCCUAAAACUUUGGUACAUAUGUUGGUCCCUUGCAUGCAAUGACGUAAUUCAAGGAUACCAGUUGACGGUCGAAUGUUGCAAAAACGGGUAUUGUUGCAUGUGUUUUGGCUGAGCAUAGAAACAGUGUACAGCUUAUAUAAAUCGACGCAGCAAGAAUUUAAUUAAAAUUUGGGUGCAGAGAGAUCGAAUAAUUUUCGGAGAACCUUCAUGCAAUUAGC